GCUUCGCAGAUGAGGGAGCAGCUGACCCGGCUGGGCAGUGACCCGGCGCACUGGCGGCACGCUGACCUGGCCACCAUCUACGUGGUCACGGCGACCCACGCCGUGCCGACGCAGAAGGCCGACCUCGUGCGGCUAAUGAACACGCUGUCGCACGUGCCCAACUUGCACUGGCUGCUGGUGGAGGACGCGGCUCACAAGACUGACCUAGUCCGCAAUCUGCUGCGCCGCUCCGGCCUCGUCUACACCCACCUGAACGUGCCGACGCCGCCCGAAUACAAGCUGAAGCCCACGGAUCCGCGCUGGAAGAAGCCUCGCGGCGUGCUCCAGAGGAACGCCGGCAUCUCUUGGCUCCGAGAGAACCUGGAGAUCGUGGACGCCAACGGCGUGGUCUACUUUGCCGACGAUGACAACACCUACAGCCUGGAGCUGUUCGCAGAGAUGCGGGACCUGCAGUCGGUGGGCGUGUGGCCCGUGGGCCUGGUGGGUGGCGUGAUGGUGGAGCGGCCGCAGGUCACCGGCGGCCGCGUCACCGGCUGGCUCACACACUGGCGAUCCGACCGCGCCUUCGCCACCGACAUGGCCGGUUUCGCCGUAAACGUCCGGCUGUUCCUGAACCACCCGACGGCCCUGUUCUCACUCGAGUCGCAGCGCGGCUUCUUGGAGACUGACCUGCUCACCCAGAUGGGAGUCACGCUGGACGAUCUGGAGGUCAAGGCCGACCAGUGUACAAAGGUCCUGGUGUGGCACACUCAGACCUUGAAGGCCGACCUCAAGAUCGAAAAACAGCUGGCGAAGGAGGGCAAGGCGCCCUCCAACGCCGGCAUCGAGGUGUGAUUGAUCACCCCAUUCCGCCGCCGCCGCCGCAGCGCUGAUUGGCUGGUCAAGCGAUGACGUCGGAAAGCAGCCUGCUGAGUGACGUACUGAGUACGUCAUGGCCCCGAAUGUGGCCCGUGUGGUGGUGAGAGCAUACUAGGAUCGACGCGUUGCAUGGUGGGCGGUGACGUUUUAGAUGGCGACGUCCUGCUAAGAGGGACUGGUUAGUGAUGUGGUACUGCUCGCGGGGACAUCGCGUGCCAUAUGGCGUCGUGCUCGCGCGGAUGGGAUGAUGUGUGCGUUUUCCCCGCUCGUGUCGGAGACGAAGAAAAUGCAGCAGUAUGACGACCAUUUCAUCGCGUGGUAUCGUCGUGCUCCGAGGAUUGUGAGCUUGCUGACACUGCACGGGCCUAGUCAGACCCCUGGGGCCGGUGAUGGCGACAUUGACGGCCGGUCUCGUGUUUCUUGCCGUUCUCGUGCAGUAUGGAUGCCACGGGACAGCCUUAGGGCGUUGGCCUGUCUCGUGUGUUGCGGGGCAGACAUACUGGUGCCGUGGGGCACCGUUCUCGACACCGUUCUCCAAGUGCAAAGCGGGCGUUUGUCUGCCGACAUGAACGGAACGCGACGUGUUCCAUUUUGAGGCCUCACUUGUGAUCGCUUGGUAUGGGGUGCAGGAUGUUAGCGUAUUCUGGGCGGGCGCCACUGGAGGGCAGUCGGGAGGUGGCAGGGGAGAUGGCUCGAAUUAUAGGUGUGUGAUUGAGCUGUGGUGAUGGAGAAAUAGAAGUGACAUCUCUUUUGAAGCUCACAUUGCCAGCGCAUUCUUACUCAUUUUGCUCAUCGUUCUUUCCGUUGAGAAAGAAAUUACUGGUGAGGUUAGCGGCUGUUCAUUUAUGUAUGUUAAUUUGGCUGGAUAUAAAUUUUUAUUUUGCCAUUUUUGUCAACUUUCGGGUCGUAUAUUACCCUUUGGCCCACGGAGUUUGUAAGUGUGUAACAAAUGUAUUGUAAAAUUGUAUUGGUGGAUCAUCUCUGAUAUUUGAGUUGUCCACAUAGACGCCAGCUGUGUGGUGGGUUUCGUACUUAGUCUUUCAGUGCUUCCAAGCGAUGACAUGUGGGCUGGCGUUGCAGCUGGUGGCAGGACCACUGGCUUAGUUCCUCUGGUGUAUAAACAAUACAAUGCAAUU